AUGGCCACCCUCGACUCCCUAAAGAGGACCUUGAGGCAGAAUGCCACGGCAACGGCCAAGCAGCCGUUGUCCGACAGAGAUUAUAGCGUCGGUUUCGAUAUUUUAGUGCGGGGCUCGGGAUGGACCUCGUACCAAGACUUCGUCAUCCCUCAACUCUCAGAGCUGCUCACCAGUCUCUUCAACUCGCGUGCCCAUAUCUCAGCACUAGAAAUCGGACCCGGCCCCCAGAGCGUCCUCGGGUAUCUGCCUGACCAUUUGAGACGGAAAAUCACCAGAUACACCGCAUUCGAACCUAACUGCUUGUUUGCCACAAGAUUGGAAGAAUGGCUUUGCUCUACAUCCGGGACGGAGUGCCCGUUGCCUUGUCUAGAAAACCUGCCCAACAUCCGUCGGAUUCCAUUCGCCCUAGGGGUCAAGAACGGGACCGGGACCGGGACCGGUACAAGCGACGACGAUGAAAAAUACGAUGUCAUUCUAUUCUGCCACAGUAUGUACGGCAUGAAGCCCAAACGCAGAUUCAUCGAACGGGCGCUGGAAGUGCUUGUUGAGCAGCCAGAAGGCGGAAUCAUUGCAAUUUUCCAUCGCGACGGACACCUUCACCUCGACGGCUUGGUAUGCCAUCGAACGGCUUCCUUCCCUACAGGUGUCGUUCGUGUGGCAGAUGACGACGAGGUGCUGGACAGUUUCGCGUCGUUCAUCGCGGGUUAUGUCAUGAAGGAUGUGGAUGCAGACAAGGCUAUCCGAGUUAAGUGGCGUGAAGUGUGUCGCGCUUUGGGCCGUCGCGAGGAAGCUUGCCCAAACCACCUCAUGUUCAGCGCGCCCGACCUCAUGAUGGUCUUUACCAAACAUGCGACCACCUUGCCGGAGUUGACGGCGCAGGUCGCCCUGGUUGAGGGCGACAAGACAGUGAAGAAUCGGGAGGCUCGCCUCCACCGCCCUGCCUCAAUUGUCGCACCGACAGACGUCCAACAUAUCCAGCAAUGCGUUCGAUGGGCUCUGAAGCACGGGGUAAAUCUGACAGUCGUCGGCGGGGGUCAUAGCGGUCACUGUCUCUGGCCCAACGUUGUCUCGGUCGACAUGAGCGCCUUUGACAAAGUACACAUUCACGCGGCCGGCAACGAUGAUGAUUCUGAUUCUGACUCCGCUUCUUUGAUCGUCGCCGAGGCCGGCUGCAAGACAGGGGACAUCGUCCGCAAGACCAUGGAGGCUGGGCUGACAGUCCCCCUAGGGGCUCGCCCAAGCGUAGGUGCGGGGCUCUGGCUACAAGGCGGCAUCGGACAUCUGGCUAGGCUGCACGGGCUCGCCUGCGACGCCAUUGUCGGUGCCGUUGUGGUCAGCGUCGACUCUGGCCAGGUACUCUGCGUCGGCCAUGUCCCCAGCCGAUACCGGCCAGCAGAUGCCAUUCGCCCAGAAAACGAAGCUGAUCUGUUAUGGGCCCUGAAAGGCGCCGGAACCAACUUUGGCAUCGUUGUCAGCGUGACUUUCAAGGCUCACCCUGCUUCGACUUACAUGACUCGAACCUGGGUUGUCCCGCUUAGCGACAACUUCGAGGCCCGACUGAGGCUUGCCGAUUUCGAAAACCUAGUCGCUAGGAAGCUCCCCCGGAAUUGUUCUGCAGACGGGUAUUUGUACUGGGACGCCGGCCAGCUGCAUCUUGGCGUGACCAUGUUCGAAUCUUCCACGACUACGAACGAUUGUGUGCCACGCACGUCCAUGCCCGUGGCUUCCUUAUGGGGGCCAGGAGUCGAUUCCAAAGUCGUGGAUAGCGUCGGUUUGUUCGAGACCGAGAUGUACAUGUCUGGGAUGCACGGCGGGCACGGAGGCGGCAAGACCUCCUCGUUCAAGCGAUGUUUGUUCUUGAAAUGCAUCGGAGGGACGAACGUCGCGGACAGUCUGGUGGCGGCUGUUGAGACCUGUCCCUCCCGACUAUGCUAUCUCCAUCUGCUGCAGGGCGGCGGAGCCGUCAGCGAUGUUGCGGCCGAUGCCACUGCCUUCGGCUGUCGAGACUGGGACUUCGCCUGUGUGAUAACCGGUGUCUGGCCUCGCGACAAAGACGACACUGAAGUCGCACGUUCUGCCAUACGGUGGGUUUACAAUGUCGCGGGGAACUUGUUGUCCUUGAGUACUGGAGCUUACGGCGCCGACCUUGGACCAGACCCCAGAGACGCCGCGCUAGCAGCCCACGCUUUUGGGCAGAAUCGACCGCGUCUGGCCCGGCUCAAGCACAGCUUAGAUCCGCGCAACGUGCUGGCUUACGCUUGCCCGCUGCCAAAAGCGCCGGCGAGACAGAAGCUCAUCAUUCUUGUCACCGGCGAAAGCUGCGCCGGCAAGGACUAUUGUGCCAACGUCUGGGUCUCCAUGUUCACGACUCGUACCUUCAAAGCCAUCACAGCACGGGCAGUCAGCAUUAGCGACGCGAUCAAGCGAGAAUAUGCCGCGGCUACCGGAGCCGACCUGGGCUCUCUACUCGAGAACCGUGCCUUCAAGGAGCAACACCGACCAGCGUUGACGAAAUUUUUCCGAGAACGGGUGCGGCAAAAUCCUGAACUGCCAGAGGAGAAUUUCCUUAAGGUGGUGCACGGCGCCGAGCAUGUGGACGUGCUACUGAUCACUGGAAUGAGAGACAAGGCGCCAGUCGCAGCCUUGUCACAUUUGGUGCCAGACAGUAGGCUGCUAGAGGUUCGUGUGCAAGCUAGUAAACAAAUGCGGCGGGCUCGUCGAGGGUGCCACGGUGGCAAUUUGCAUGGUGACAACAACAACAACCACCAAGACGGAGAGAACCACGAUAGCAACAGUGGGGGUUCAAAAUUGACGGCCUCGGACAGCCAUCCAAAUUUCUUCUUCGACAACGACACGGCUGGAGACGAGGCGGCAAAGGCGUUUGCUGAAGAUUACUUGCUUCGCUUCGUCCACGAAGACCUGCAGCGACUGGUGCAAAUGGUGCGCUCGGUACCCGACUUCCCACGCCCAGGCAUCGAGUUCCGCCACGUGCUCGACAUCUCCCAGCAGCCCGGUGGACUGGCGCUGUGCGCGUCUCUGCUGGAAACCCAUUUUACCGGUGAUUGGGCCAAAGUAGAUGCAGUGGCAUGUUGUGAGGCCGGUGGCUUUGUCUAUGCGUCGGCACUGGCCUUGCGUGUCGAUGUGCGCCUGGUGCUCAUCCGCGAAGCCGGCAAGCUGCCGCCACCAACGGUGUCCGUCGUCAAGCCCCGGUCGCAUAUCUCCUCCUUGGAAUCUGCGCAAUCGGAAGAGAAGCGGAUCGAGAUGGAGCGGGCUGUCGUCCCCAAGGGCGCGUCAGUCGUGGUGGUGGACGAUGUGCUUUCCACAGGGGAGACGCUUUGCGCGGUCCUCCAGCUGUUACUCAACGCGGGCGUCCGGGCCGAGCAUGUCAGUGUCAUGGUCGUGGCCGAGUUCCCCGUGCACCGUGGUCGAGAACUGCUGCGUCAGCGUGGGUUUGGCGGAAUCAAUAUCCAGAGCCUCUUGGUCUUUGGCGGUGCCUAG